AUGCGAAUUGUCCUUCUUUUAUCCAUCGGUUCUGAAAGAGGGAAUGUAAAAAGUGGCUCUCUGUAUGGUACCGUUACUUCUGAAUUGUUGGCGGGUGAAGAAGAGCGACUGACCAGACUUGUGGUAGCAGGACUCGCGCAGGAAGAAGUAGCCGCCAGGAGUGAGCCAGUCGUAGAUCUUACUGAACGUCGUCGAGACCUCCUCGUCGCUCAAGUACAUGAACAACCAGUUGCUGAACACAACGUCGAACGAUCCCGCCGGGAAAUCCAACCUGCCGGAGGUGCAGAAGAGGAAAGGACUAUUCAGGAUUCGCAGUCCCAUGAGGAGGGUAAUAUUCCCCACGAUGCACCGAACCCCACAACCCAAUCAUUGGCCAAUUCCAAGUCAGCAGCACUAGCUCUUGACCCGACACACGUCACACUGGCACUACCAGCUGAUGAAUCCAGCACUUACAAUGCCAACUGUGGUGGUCCAGCAGUGAACCCUGGGAUAAGUGAUGGGUGUGAGGACCAGGCAGAUGUGGCGGCGAUGGUGAGGCUGCUGCAGGAGACACUACCCAGGUUGACCAGCACUCACCGCACACCCCCCAAUGUGGCCGCCCCUCACCUACCCACCUCUACACCACCUCUCCAGCCCCUUGUUUCUACACAACCCCUUCACAUCCCCACCUCCACACCCAUACCUUCCCUAGUGAUGGUGAGCAGUGCUCCCUUUCCUGUGGUGACCCUGGACUCCCUCACAAGGGGGCCUCCUUUUCAGUGUUCCCCUCCCUUCUCAGCUUUCUCAUCUGCCUUGUGUCCCUCCCAUGCCUCUGCUCACAUCCCUUGUCUCUCCCCUAUUCUCCCAUUCCCCAAGGCAUGUACCCAAGCAUCUAACCCAAAAUUUAUCCACCCCACUUAUCGGGGUUUUCCUCACUCCAGAGUAGACACCUUACAUCAAGGCUUUACGCAGUCAUUGGGUCCUGUGCCCUGUGGUCAAGGGAUAAAUCAGGCUCCUGGGAUGUCCUGUUUGGGGUGUCUUCAGGGGACCUGCUCCCUCUCUCCAUCCCAAGAGAAGACUCGACUACUUACCGCCCCCAGCUGGGCCCCAGGAUCAGGUGACACAAGUCAGGUGACAGCGACUGGGUCCAGUCCUCCUUGGGACAACGGCACUGAGAGUGGCACUCACAGUCGUACCUACUUCCGCUUCAGCAGGAGGCAGUUGCUGGUCCUCUCCUCCAUGAUCCUUGUUGACUUCUUUGCCUUUGCUUCCAUAUCCAUCAUGGCUCCCUUCUUCCCACACCAGGUGCACGAGAUGGGGUUGAGCGACACCCUGGAUGGUAUCAUCUUCAGUGUGUACUCCUUUGUCAUGGUCAUCUCCUCGCCCAUCAUUGGAAAGUUUUUGCCUCUGCUGAGACUACAAGAUGUUUACCUGGUGGGGAUUAUGCUUACUGGCCUUGCUAACAUCAGCUUUGGGAUGGUGAAGUAUGUGAAAGAACCAGAGGCGUUUGUGGUGGUGAGCAUCAGCUUGCGGGCAUUGGCAGCUGUAGGCGCUGCUUGUUUCCUCACUGUUAUCUACUCCAUCGUGCCCAUCCUCUUCACCGACAACAUGAACACGGUGAAUGGGAUGUUGGAGACGGCCGUGGGGCUUGGCAUGUGUGCUGGACCUGCUGUCGGCGUGUGGCUCUACUCGGAAGGAGGCUUCAGUUUGCCCUUCUACGGCCUUGGGGUCCUUAUCUUGCUCACAAUUCCAGCCAGCUACGUCGCCUUCCCUGAUGAUGAGGUGAGAGUCCUACCAAGCCGAGGGAUAGGAGGCGUGUUGAAAGUGCUGGGACGCCCCGGGGCCAUCGUCUCACUCCUGAUCCUAUGUGCUUCAGCUGUGUGUGUGGCUGUCCUCUACCCCACACUACAGCCCCAUAUGAGCAAGCUAGGAGUCUCAGUAGAGGGCGUGGGGCUGGUGUACUUACUAUUGUCAGCAGCAUAUGGAGUGUCUGCCCCUCUGGUGGGUCUGGCAACGGACCGCUAUGGGUGUCCCUGGGGCUUCAUGCUGGCUGGCCUUCUGCUCACAGCUGUCUCUUACCUCCUCAUUGGCAACUCCCCUCUCCUCCCACAUCUCUCGCAUGACCAGCUGUACAAUCAGGAUGUGAUUGGGAUAGUGCUGCUUGGUCUGGCCUCAGCUUUGUGUAUAGUGCCAACCUAUGGAGCCAUACUCAAUGCAUCCAUCAGUACAGGGGAGGAGGUGGACAUCAGUACGUUCAGUGUGGUAGGAGGACUGUGGUCGGCCACCUACUCCCUUGGGGAGAUGCUGGGGCCACUUUAUGCUGGAAUAAUGACCCCAUAUGUCAACUUUGCCACCUCUACAACCAUCACUGUCCUACUGCCCAUCGCCUUGGCAGUGGUGUUGGGGGCAUACAUGUGUGCCAGGCGUCGCUCCUCCACCACCUAAGCAACCAGUAUGGUCCACUACACUCCUACAGUGUUUACAAUAUUUGGCUGUUACAUCACAUCAUAAUCUAAUUAUUGUUGUGGUUAUUAAUAUGGCCGACUGCCCAUGGUAGGCUUUCUCUGACCAUCUCGAGUCUGUAUUCCUAAAUCGGUUAAUCCGUUGACGACUGUCAGUGUCUCAUUUUUUACUUGGCAUUCUUUGCCCAUCUUAACCUGUCAUUUUGAUGAUGUUCACACUGUCUGUUGGUGUUUCAGUACAGUAUAUACCGUGUCCUUUUAGAGAUACCAAUUUGUCCAGAUUCAUGUGUCUAGGGGCGAGUUUGACACUGUUGAAGUCAGUCAAGUUCUUGUAGCAUACUCAUAGGGAGUCCCCCUUUGAUUCAUGGGGUAGAGGUCCCCCUUAAUAAUGCCUCUAUUUUAAGAGGCUCAUUUUAAGUUUUGUUGAUAUUAUAAUUAAUUUUGUGAAUGUGUGAAACAAAGAUAUAAGCUAUCUUUCGAAGCAGCAAACCUUAUACUGUAUACAUGUUCGUGUAGAACUCGUUUCCACACAGGAUGAGUAAUGCCCACAACAAAACAUAUUCUCAAGAGCUAAGGUUAACUAAUAACUGGAAACAUUGUACUCAUUAGUGUUACCAGAUGAGUGUUCUGUGUAUGUCCCACAUCUGAAGUGAAAGACAAGUCAUCACACUCAAAACAUAUAUUUGAUGAUGAUGUUGCAAUGCCAGAGCGAACAGAUGGUUGUUUUGUUGAUGUUUUAAUAUGGUAAACACUGAAAAGUAUUAAUGUUUAUUAGGUUCAUUUUAGCACUAAUAAUUACUGAUAAUAAAAAGUCGGUUACGAAAUAUAACGCAAAGCAAAUGCAUGUGCUGUUAUUUCAUUUACAUUAUUUUAAUGUAUGAUAGUUAUUUAUUUUUACGUCGUCUGCACAAAUAGCCAAAAACCUUUGGGCUAUAGAUCUGCCUUGAUGUUAUUAGCUGCUGCUUCCAUAGGUGAAGAGAGAGUCGAGUUUAUAAGUGUAAAUGCUGCACCUGCAAGCAAUUUUUGUAUCCUCUUCUCACAACACUUGCUGGGUUUAAUCAACUAGGAACUUUUUAAGCUUGUGAAUAUUCCAAAGCUGUUGUUAAUGUUGUAAACUAGAAUAUCAAAAGGUUGUGAGUCAUUUGCCAUUAUUUAUUUUUAUAUUUUCCAAUUUGAUUGUUUAUAUUGUGAAUUGUGAUGUAAUGUAGUUUCAAUGUAAGUAUUUUAGUGUUUCUUAAUGGCAUUGCAAUUGUCGGUUCUGUAUAGUAUUAGGAAAUAAUUGAGUUACACUUCAUUAGUCUCAACAUGUCUGUCUGGUCGAACUGUCUGUGGAUAUGGGUUCUGUUUACAGUAAAUGGGGGAGAGAUGCUGUCAUGAAAUUUGGCAAGUACAGUAUAGUAAUUUAAGGAUAAGUGGAUUAUGCAUUAAGUACGGUAUAUAUUUUAUCUCGAUGGAAACUGUAUAAUGAUAGCCUUUUUUUCUCAGGUUUCGUGCGGUAAUACUAUUUUAAUCACAUUUGUCAUACACCUGUGCUCUACUUUAGGGGAUUAUAGGGGGGGGCUGGUGAAAUCAGGUGCUUGCUUCAUCUCACUACUGGUAAGGAACUUGUGCAACACUGUACUUAACUGUAGUAUGUUGUUAUAAAACUGUUAAUGUUAACUUCUGUUAGUUAGUCAUGUUAAAUGUUUUCUAUUUUCAUUUCUUUUGGGAAUGUUAAUAAAUUUAUGAAUUAUUUGUUGUGAA